AUGACUGCCGGCCCCCCCUGUCUCGCAAUCACCAAUUUCAGUCGCCCGACGGCCGGCCAACCCGCCAAAUCGACUCCUUCUCGACUCCGCCGUGCUCGACCAACCGACCCCGACCAUGACCCUGAGUCUCCUCGAGUCCCACUUCAGCCGAAACGUCAAGCGUCCAAGUCCAGCUUGCGGGGUCUGUUUGGUGGCCGUGAUAAGAGCUCGCAGGCCGCCGCCGCGCAGCUCGAUAACAAGCUAGCCGAAAUCGACGAGGCCGAACGACCAGACCUGGAGGUGGCCUCCAUGUCGGAAGCUCCAUUGUCGCCUCCUCCCUGCCCGACUCCCCGGACAGCCACUUCCACUCCCGGUCUCACCUCCCCGAUCGUCGAGCACAAGGUCGAAUACAAACGUCAGCGCAACACACUCAAGUCGCCUCGCGCGAGAACCUUUGAGCAGAAGCCGCCCUCGCAGGAGCAGUACGGCUGGAAGCCUCCACCCCUCUUCCAAGCUUAUCCACAAGCUAUCAAGCAUGAAUGUCUCCCAGCACCUGCGCUGUCCGCGGAUUCGAUUCUGCGACUCAAUGCGGCGGCUGGAAAAGGCACGGCGGAAGAUAACCGCAGUGGAGAUGACCGUAAAAAGGAGCAAAAGGAACGCAAGCACCAGCGGACAGUCUCGAACACGAUGAACAAGGUGGAAUGGUCGCGUAAAAUCUUUGUGCUCGCAACUGCCGGUUUUAUACUUCAGUAUGGGGCGCAAGGGAAACAUGAUCGACUCCCCGAGAAAAUGCUCCAACUCGGUCCUCAGUCUGUAGCAUUCGCUAGCGAUGCCAUCCCUGGCAAACAUUGGGUGGUUCAAAUUUCCCAGAAUCCCGCGGCAGAUGCUGGCACACCUCCGGGCCCUGAACCUCCCAAGCCCCGGUUCUCACUCUUCCACCGAUCCCAAGCGCGCCGAUUUACACGAAGCAUGCUUCUGGUUUUCGACAACCCCGACGCCAUGAUUUCCUGGCUGGUGGCAAUCCGCACCGAGAUCGAGGCUCGCGGAGGGCCAAAGCUUCCUACAGAAAAGCAUUCCGAGGACGAGUUGACACCGCAGUUGCGUUCCAGAUCCAGCGUGCGCCAGAUCGUGCAGAAGGAUCCGAACCGCGUGUCCAGCGUGUUCCUUCAACCCCAGAUGCGGGAAGAAGAAGAUGACCUCCACUCUGUGGGAGGGCUGACCUUACCGUCUCGAUCAAGCUCAUACAUGUCGGACAAUCGCCGUUCGAUGGUCGACGUUUCGUCAGUAUCCACUGGUCCGACAGAGGCUACAGCGCCUAUGAAUGGUGCGGGUUCCUCAUUUACUUCCAAUGAUCCCCGUACCCCCUCGUUCACAUCUGCAAAUCCUACCUCGCCCACAAUUGGCCCCAGCUCUCCGGUUGCAGAGGCUCAUCUCACGGAGGAGAUCGAUCGUACCAACCCUCGCAGUCCAUCCUCGUCCGUCCAGGGUAAACGUCAAUCAUUACUCGGUUCCCCCUUUGGCCAUUCCACGCCUACUCCCAGCACCGUGGAUGUCUCCCAAACAACUUCUCGGCCCGACGGCUUGAUCCGGUGUGCCUCGCCUCCAGCUCCAAACUUCAGUGUCCCAUCGUUCAGCAAAAAGUUCGUUGCAAGACCGGGGCCGACCCCCAUCAAUCUGCUGUCGGGCCCCUCUUCUGCUGCCGGCUUUCUUCCUGCCUCCACCGUUUCUUCUUCCCCUCAGUCUCCCACAUUUAGUAUUGCCAGCUCACGGCAUACCGAAUCAACGGAACCACCCCUUAUGUCCUGGGAUCUGGCCGGCCGACGCACACUACGAACGUCUAGCUCUGAAGACGCCCUGACGAAGACCCUACGCUCUUCUCACGCCCCUACAAACUUCUCGCGGGUACCUCGAUCCACAGCGCCGGGGUCACCAGACUCCAGCAGCAGCUUCUCCCAGCGACCUGUCAGCGUGGUAAUGCGUCCAGGCAUGAGCCCCCCAGUCAACAGCGAGACACGGGUCCAAACGCUUUCUCCUCCUCCAGAGCCACUUCCCCGUCCCCGUGUCUCUGCUCUCUACGCCGAAACUCAGGCACAGAGCGUGUCACGCCGCAAGAGCAUGCCGGGCUUGCUCGUCGGUCCCCCCGCCGCUCCGCCUCCUAACUGCCCGCUGCCGAAGAUUCCUUCGCCUAUUCCUGCGCAGGCGUCGGCUACGUGGUCAAGUCCGCCGCCGCAUGAUCGGUUCUACGGGUUGUCGGAGGUGCGCGAGCGUGUUGAUCAGCGGAAAAGCACUUUGCUGUCUGGGCCGAAAAUGGCUUCUCCUAGACUAAGAUGA